AUGCAAUCACCUAAUAAUGCUAAUGCUAAUGCCAAUCCGAGUGCCAAACUUCCGCUUUCCGCUGCACCUCCAUAUCAUUCCAUCUUGGUGCUGACAGCCGUCUCUGUCUUCUCCUUACUCACAAUGCCUACACUAAAAGAUAUUGAUCAAGUGGCAACUAUUGAAAGUUUAACGACACCCCUGCUUCCCACCUACAUCUCGCCCUUUGGUAUCGGAGUCAUUCGUUUCAUCUUUGCGACCUUUACCCUUGGAAUCAUGAUAGCAAGAAUAUUGGGCCCAGGCAUGGAAAUCAACCCAACUCCUUCCACCAAGUCUCAGCUCAAACCUUGGAAACUAGUACUCAAGGGUUGGAAAUCAAUCACGACCUUUACUUGGUGGUCCUUUCUAUUGUUGGGACUUUCCUUUUUGGCCUUGGCCAGCAUUUCCUUUUUGGAUGCCUACGACAAAAGAGUCCCACAAUGGCUACUGCGGUUUGCGUUAUUGUCCUUUGAGAUUUCCGCACCAACCGGUUUUCUGGUGAGUACCGUGGUCAAGUAUGCUCUGUGGCCCCAAAGUCUCAAGAACAAGGGUCCCCAAGGUACCAACAUGUUCCGAUCCUUUUUUGGUUUGGUGACCCACAAUGCCAAUGUCAUCAUGAUUUCGAUUGAGUUGUGCUUGUUGGGAGGAACCCCCGUUUGCUUGGAACACAUGGCGGUGAGCCCCACCAUAGGUGUUGCGUAUGUCCUGUUUACCUGGUUCAUGAUGUACCGGUGGGUCCCUCAUGAGAAGGGACCAAAAUUUGUUUACUUCUUUUUGGAUACCACCCUGGGAAAGGAUGCCACCAUUGCCUUGUUAGCAUUAGUGGUUGUCCUGUUUGGAUUCUACUUGCUGUUUGCCAUACUUUGUAAGUAUAUUUUGAACAGCAAUGCUGGCAGUCAAGAGGAAAGAAGCCUACUUGGGAAUGAUGCAAUCGUACCUCGACUGUUACUCGUAUUCGGGCUGUCCAAGUUGGUUUGUCGAUUCCGUAAUUGA